CAAACACACCCCAUUUCUUCUUCUCGUCUUCACCACCCACCAUGCUCUCUCGUCUCCUCCCCAAACCCUCACAUUUCUCUCUCCUAACCCGAAUCUCCUCAAAAUUCCACCCAUGUCCCCAGCCCCAAAACCCCACCACUCUCCCCAGAUUCUUCUCCUCCGGCGGCGGCGACGACCAGUCCCCCUCCGACGUCUGGAAGCUCUCUAAAGACACCCACGAGAGCUACGAUCCAUUGUUCGGCGAAAGCUCCGGUAACGUCGUCGAGACGGCCGACGCCGGUUCGUGGAAGGGCGGCGAUGAGUGGGACACGGCGGAGGGGUUCAAGCCGUGGAGCUUGGGAGGUGAGGAAGAGAAGAACGACGAUUUGUUUAAAGUCGGCGAUGGGUUUGAAGGUGAUAAAGGUGUGAAGAUUGAGGAGGAGGAAGAUGAGGAGAAGAAGAAGGAGGAGGAGAAGAGGCUUGAGAUUAAGGAGGAGGAGCUCACUGCUGUAAUUAAAGGUCCAAACCGUGCAUUUGGUGACCUUAUUGCCGCAUCUGGAAUCACAGAUGACAUGCUUGACAGUUUGAUUGCAUUGAAGGAUUUUCAAGGGAUAAAGGGAUUGCCGCCACUACCUGAUAUACAAGACAUCCGCUAUCAUAAAAGUACAAGUAAAUCUGCAAGAGCUGAUAUAGAGCGCCAGAAGCAGGAGGAAGUUGCCAAAGCAAGAGUGAGACAAGUGGAUGACAAGGGAAGAGCUUAUGGAACUGGAAGAAGGAAAUGCAGUAUAGCGCGUGUCUGGAUUCAACCUGGUCAUGGUAAUUUUGUCAUCAAUGAUAAACAGUUUGACGUCUAUUUUCCGAUGCUCGAUCAUCGUGCUGCUAUCCUUCGACCUUUUUCUGAGACAAAAACCUUGGGCCUUUGGGACAUCGAUUGCACCGUUCAAGGCGGUGGUCUCUCAGGUCAAGUUGGAGCAAUACGAUUAGGAGUUAGCAGGGCCUUGCAAAAUUGGGAACCAGAUUUGCGUCCUACACUCAAAGCUUCUGGUUUCUUAACUAGGGAUCCACGUGUUGUGGAAAGGAAAAAACCAGGAAAAGCAGGAGCAAGAAAGAGCUUCCAAUGGGUCAAGCGUUGAUCAGUUGUGAGUUUGAUUCUGUGCAACCAGUUUUGUUUGGAACUUCAAUUCACCGCAAUAACUUGUUGAAUUCAGUCAUAUGGCCUUACAUGGCAUUGAUAGUGGGUGUAGCUUGUAAUAGACCAGCAGUCUUAGAAGAAUUGUGAAAAAAUUAGCAUUGGUCAGUUUGAGUUAUUCAAUCUUGAAGGAGAUCUAUGUUGGUUUUUUAUUUAUUGUACAAUACAAGCUCCUAUGUACCAUUUCUUACACUAGUUCUCUACUGGUUCAUUUGAGGAACUUUGAUCCAA